GGACAGUCAUAAGCAUAAAGCUCGCACAAUAAAUACAGAGCUCUGACAGAAGGUACGAGCCAGUGCAUCAAAACUGCCAGUGAAUUAACGCGAUUUUGUUCGUAAAAAUCACACAAAAAUCGCAUAGUUUUUGUUUUAGUAAUUGUGAUAGUGGUAAUUCAACGUAUUCUCAACGGAGUAUAAAUAAACUAAUUGACACAAUAUGUCGCAAAUCGAUAUUGACAAACCGUUAUGGGACCUGAAGACAUUUACCGGGCGGUUUAUGCAUUUUCUCUGGGUGACGGAUCCCAGAACAUGCUUUACUCCCGAAGAAGAGUUGCAUAAAGCCAAGGAAUUAGUUUUGAAAGUCCGAAAGGAUCAACUCGCACCACCAAAUGUGUCGAUGGAAGAAAUUCAUCGUGCUAAAAAGCUCUAUGAAAGUGCAUUCCAUCCUGACAGCGGCGAGUUGCAGAACAUUUUCGGGCGCAUGAGUUUCCAAAUGCCCGGUGGAAUGGCCAUAACUGGCGCCAUGUUGCAGUUCUACAGAACUAAUACAGCCGUUAUCUUCUGGCAAUGGGUCAAUCAAUCUUUCAAUGCAUUAGUAAACUACACUAACCGAAACGCAAAUUCGUCCUUAACAACUACACAACUGGUAGUAUCUUAUGUUUCAGCAACGAGCUCGGCUCUGGUCGCAGCCGUUGGGUAUAAAGGUUACCUAACGAGAACGGCUAGCCCGUUCUUCCAGCGUUACGUUCCAUUCGUAGCCGUGGCCGUGGCAAAUUGCAUCAAUAUUCCACUCAUGCGGCAGAACGAACUUAUUUACGGAAUUGACAUACAGGAUGAGAACGGUAACAACGUGGGAAAGAGCAGAGUGGCGGCAGCUAAGGGAAUAAGUCAGGUGAUAUUUUCACGCAUUGCUAUGUGCGCUCCAGGUAUGCUAAUUCUGCCAGUCAUUAUGGAAAAGUUGGAAACGUACAAGUCCUUCAAGAGACUUUCAUUCCUACACGCGCCGUUCCAAGUGAUGGUGGUUGGAUGCUUCCUAACUGUGAUGGUGCCAACGGCAUGUGCACUAUUCCCACAAACUGCAUCUCUGAACACCAACGUCAUGCGAAUAAUGGAGCCGGAGUUCUACGAACAAAUGAAGAAAAGCGGCAACGUUCCGGAAAAGGUAUACUUCAACAAGGGAUUGUAAUCGACGCGAUACCCAAAGAUAUUUGUAGUAUUUAUGUACUAGCACAUAUGGGGUGCAAAAUUAAGAAAUACAUGCUUAACAAUUUAAUGAUGCUAAA